AUGAUUUGGAACCCCUUCGGCGGGUCCUCCUCCGACAAGGACUCCACCGUCUCAAAGACGGCGCCUCCACCACCGGCCCCAGUAGCACCCACAAUACCGUCUUCAAUACCACCCAGUCCACCCACAUUCCCCAAUGACCAACAACAAUUACCACGGCUACCCGUACAGUUAACGGAAAAGCAGAAAUAUAUGAAGGAUAUGGGAUACAAAACGGCUAUUGCAGCUGCUAUCAUAUGUCCCGUUAUAAUCUUUAUGCCGCCGCGGAAGAUGGACUUUUAUACGUUUGGAUUGAUCUGUACCACGGCGUACUGCGUCAACCAUGUUAUGAAUGAACAUGGUCAUCCAGGUUUAUUAUAUGCGAUAGCACCAAAGGGAUCGAUGGACUACCAAGAGAAAGUUGCAAACUCACGAAAGAAGUACGAUAACAUGAUGCCAAGUGAAGCGAUAUGGGCACAGUUAAAGGAUGUAUGGAACCAACGUUACGAUGACGAUGACGAAGAAGAAGUAGAGGAACAGAAGGAGUCCAUGUUGGAUCAAAUCCGGAGAGAGCAGGCAGAGAAAGGCGAUAGUUCUAUAUUGAAGAUGCUAGAAGAACAGGAAAAGAAGCGGAAAUAA